AUGCAGGAGGCAAGGCACAAACCGGAUGUACAGAGCAAGAACAAAACUAAUGUAGGAGGCAGGCACAAACCGGAUGUACAGAGCAAGAACAAAACUAAUGUAGGAGGCAGGCACAAACCGGAUGUACAGAGCAAGAACAAAACUAAUGUAGGAGGCAGGCACAAACCGGAUGUACAGAGCAAGAACAAAACUAAUGUAGGAGGCAAGCACAAACCGGAUGUACAGAGCAAGAACAAAACUAAUGUAGGAGGCAAGCACAAACCGGAUGUACAGAGCAAGAACAAAACUAAUGUAGGAGGCAAGCACAAACCGGAUGUACAGAGCAAGAACAAAACUAAUGUAGGAGGCAGGCAUAAACCGGAUGUACAGAGCAAGAACAAAACUAAUGUAGAAGGCAGACACAAACCGGAUGUACAGAGCAAGAACAAAACUAAUGUAGGAGGCAGGCACAAACCGGAUGUACAGAGCAAGAACAAAACUAAUGUAGAAGGCAGACACAAACCGGAUGUACAGAGCAAGAACAAAACUAAUGUAGGAGGCAGGCACAAACCGGAUGUACAGAGCAAGAACAAAACUAAUGUAGGAGGCAACCACAACCCGGAUGUACAGAGCAAGAACAAAACUAAUGUAGGAGGCAGGCAUAAACCGGAUGUACAGAGCAAGAACAAAACUAAUGUAGGAGGCAAACACAACCCGGAUGUACAGAGCAAGAACAAAACUAAUGUAGGAGGCAGGCACAAACCGGAUGUACAGAGCAAGAACAAAACUAGAACCCGGAUGUACAGAGCAAGAACAAAAUCACAAUUGGGAGAAAUCACAAAACGGAUACAGAGAGCAAGCAGAAAACUAAUGUAG